AUGGAUAUGUCAAAAACAAAACCCAAAAUUGAUGUCGUGUCCGAGAAGGACGGUGAGAAGUCGGUGCCCGCGAAGGGCGGAGAGAUGUCGGUGCCCGUGAAGGGCGGUGAUGUUGUGGAGUUAGGUCGCCGUCGCACUCGUCACAGCUUGUUGAGGGCGGUUGCGGGCGAGACCGACUGCGGGUCUUCGCGGUCGAGCUUGUGCGCAUCCCCAAUUGAUGAAGGCAUGGAGACGGAGCAGUUGCCGUCCACAUCUGGACUACGCUCCUGGCGCAAAAGGCGUCUUAACGAGUCCGAUACGGACUCCACGGUCGAGGAUGAGGGCGAUGUCCAAUCCGUCCGCAAAAGGUCCGGCAGCCCUAGAGUGGGAUCGAGAGCCAGUUCGAUCGCUAGAAAGAAGGAGGAGUGUCGGCAAUUCACAUACCGAUUUUUCGAAGAUGAAGGGACAGCCGCUGGCAAAUCUGGUCUGCCCCCAGUGACGGUCUUAGAUUAUCACGAGAGUGAUUUCUUUUCUUCCGGAGAUGAGGAGUCAGACAAACCGACGGAGCUUGACAGGCCGACGGCAUCUGGCGCCACUGCCACCGCUGCCGCCGGUGACAAGAACAAAGUGGCCGAGGAGGUACUCCAUAGGGCGAAACUUCUCGUCCAUCGGCAAGCGGAUGCUCUUAGCGACGUCGUUAAGAAGGCGGGAAAUCUCAAAGGGACCACCAUAAGGACCCUGAAAGAGGGUUUGGCCGGGAUCACACAGGUUGUGGACACCUUGGAGGGGGAUCUAUUUCCGACGUCGGUCUCUCCACUGGUCUCAAAGAACCUGAGACUUGAGCAGGAAGUCGAGUACCUGCGUCGGCAGUUGGCCGAGGCUCGUGCUGCCAAGCCAGCUGCCAAGCCAGCGGCCCAGGCCGGUAUCUCGGCAGACGGUGUUCCUGUUGUAGGAAGUGAUGCGAGCGCAUUCCGUGCUCAAAUAAUGAGAGAUGUCGGCGGCAUCGUCCGCCAAAUGGUAGGGACAUUUAUGAAAGAGGUGAGAGAAAUGAUCUCCAUUCGCCCCCCUCCAGAGAAGGUGUCGUCCUCGUCUGCGGUCUCCACGCAAACUUUGCCCGAGGCCGGGACAAUGGCGUCAGAUGUGCCCGACACCCCUAGAGUCGGCGACCGGGGUUCUCUUCCCCAGUCAGAAACGGGUCGGGCCAAGAAGAAGAAGGCGAAGAAGACGCCCGUCACACCGGCGCCCUCUGGACAGCCCGAGCCGGUGGCUUCGACCUCCGCUCAAACGUCUGUGCAGCCGACCGCGUCCUCCUGGGCGACGGUCAUAAAAGGAAAACGGGGCAAGACCGUCAGUGUUCCCGAAGGGCAGCCUGUGGCUGCGAACCCUCCGGUGACGAAAGCCGGUUCGGCCCCCUCGAAGAAGGCAAAGAAGACGAGCGCACCCUCGCCUUCUAAACUGAAACCGCCUCGCUCCGCGGCGGUGAUUAUUACGUUGGACCCGGAGGCGGAAAGGGAGGGUGUCGCGUAUGCGAAUGUCCUUGCGGAGGCCAAGAGAAGGAUCGAUCUCCGCGCAUUGGGGAUCGAAGAUAUGCGGUUUCGCACCGCGAUCACCGGCGGUAAGGUCCUAGAGGUCCCAGGUGCUGAUGGCGCGGAGAAGGCCGACGUUCUGGCGUCGAAGCUCCGGGAGUUCAUCCCGGAGAAUAUGGCCAAAAUCUCCAGGCCCGUAAAGUCCGCGGAGAUGCGGAUAUCGGGCCUGGACGACAGUGUUACGUCGGAGGAAGUGGCCGCUGCGGUUGCCCGGGAGGGCGGCUGUCAGGUGGACCAAGUGCGAGUCGGAGAGGUUCGACGUACUAGAUCUGGGGUGGGCACUUGCUGGGUUAAAGCUCCAUUGCAAGCAGUUAAGAAGAUGACGGUCGCCGGCCGAGUUCGUAUAGGCUGGGUUUCGGCGAAAGCAGAGCUCCUGCGGCAGAGGCCGCUUCGGUGCUUCCGCUGCUUGGAGGAAGGACAUGUGCGGGCAUCCUGCAGUCAUGAGCAGGACCGCAGCGGUCUAUGUUACCGCUGCGGAAACGAAGGCCAUAAGGCGGCGAUGUGCGCGGCCGACCCAAAGUGCGCUGUGUGUUCAGCGCAGGGCCGGCCGUCGGACCAUUGGGUGGGGUCCAAGGCCUGCACUCCUCCUAAGAAGCGUAAGAAGCAACCGGUGAAAUUGCCGAACCCAGCAGGCCGGGUGAGUGUGGAGGGAGAGGAGAUGGAAACGGGCAGGUAG